GUCUACAGGUGAAGUCCAUGAAUAUCUUAUUUGCUUUGGAACUGCAGGUGUAUGUGUGUGUAGUAUUCAUUCGGAAAUAAUACAAUGUAAAUAAGCAAGCACCGUUGGCUAGGGGAACAAUCUCUAAUCUCUAAUUGACCAAUAGAACAUUUCCGUGUCCUCUUAAGUGGUAGCUAUAAAUGCACCUCCCAUCUCCCCAACUUAUUCAAGGACUCUGUUGGUUGGCAUAAUGGGAUGGCUUUCGCAAAUUUCCAACUAAUCUUAUCAUCAUUUAUAAAUGAUGUCACAUCAUCUUCUCUACUAUAACAAGACCAGGGGAGCUGCUGCUUCUGCUUCUCUGUUUGUAUUUAAAUACUAAUAAUCAAGGGAGAGCAUAAGCUGCACAGUCCCCAAGAGAUGGGUUGUUUAUGGUUGAUUACUUGCUAUCUGCUCCUUGCAACAUCUUCUGUAGCAAAAUUUCAAGGACACAAGUUAUCAGACAACCAAUCCAGCAUACAGCUCAACUUGUAUCAUGUACGUGGCCCCGGCUCCCCUCUUUCUCCCAACUCUUCCUCGUCAUCUCUUAUUGAUGUAAUCUCACAUGACGAAGAUCGUGUAAUGUAUUUUACGAACAUCGUAGCAAAAAAACGUGUCUCCCAUCACAAAUCGGGACAUCUCCUGGCCCAAAAUUCAGGGAGCAUCCCCUUGAAUCCUGGUUUUUCUAUUGGCUCUGGUAACUUCUUUGUAAAGUUAGGGCUUGGCUCCCCUCCCAGGUACUAUUCCAUGAUUCUUGACACAGGUAGCUCGCUCUCCUGGCUUCAGUGCCAGCCUUGUAUUAUAUACUGUCAUAGCCAGGUAGAUCCCCUGUUUGUACCCUCUGCAUCGAAGACCUACAGUAUUUUACCAUGCAACACCCCUGAGUGCUCUUCGCUCAAGGCUGCCACUUUGAAUGACCCCAUUUGUACUAGUGGUAAUAAAUGCAUCUACACAGCCAGCUAUGGUGAUGCAUCUUACUCAGUUGGCUACUUGAGUCAAGAUCUACUGACCUUGACAUCAUCGCAGACCUUGCCCCGUUUCACUUACGGCUGUGGGCAGGAUAACGAAGGGUUAUUUGGAAGAGCUGCAGGUAUUGUAGGGCUAGCCCAUGACAAGCUAUCAAUGUUAGGCCAGUUGUCAACCAAGUAUGAAUAUGCCUUCUCCUACUGUCUUCCCACAGCCUCUGGAAGAGGUUCCUUGUACAUUGGGAAGAUUUCUCCAUUGCGCUACAAGUUCACCCCCAUGAUUAGAAACCCUCAGAAUCCUAGCUUAUACUUUCUAAGACUAGCAGCUAUUACAGUUGCUGGUAGGCCUCUAGGACUCUCUGCUGCUCAGUACCAGAUCCCCACCAUUAUAGACUCCGGAACUGUUAUUACAAGACUGCCAACGUCCAUAUAUGCUACACUGCGUCAAGAAUUUGUAAAGGUCAUGUCCGCAAGAUAUGCACAAGCCCCCGGAUAUUCCAUACUAGACACAUGCUUCAGGGGAAGUGUCAAGAGUAUGUCUGCUGUGCCUGAGAUUCGAAUGAUUUUUCAAGGAGGUGCAGACCUCUCUCUUGGGGCUCCAAACAUUCUGAUAGAAGCUGAUGAUGGUGUCACUUGUUUGGCCUUUGCAACUAGCAACCGAAUUGCCAUCAUCGGAAAUCAUCAACAACUGACAUAUAACAUUGCCUAUGAUGUUUCUGCUUCAAGAAUCGGGUUUGCUCCGGGCGGCUGCCAUUGAUCAGUUUUCUAGCCUUAUUGUCAAUAAGAAACAUCCAACACAACACGAUCAACUGUAGUGUUGCUCUGUGUGUGUAUAUAUAUUGUUGUCAUAAAGAAAAGAACCAUAAAAUCAUUUGAACCAUGGGAGCUAGAAUACAGGAAUAGCUUGCGUUCUGUUGGAUACAGGAAUGAUCAUGCAAAAUUGCAGAUAGCAUUGUGAUUAUUUCCUUCUCUUCUGUGUAAUUUGUGAAGCAUAUUAAUUUACUUGAAAGUUAUUUUAGUAAAAAAAUUAUGAUGUCAGGCAAAA